AUGCUCAUAACUAGUUUAUUAAUAUUCAAGAUAUUAUUGAAUAAUAGUUUGGCAGAAUGGAUUGAUAUGCCUCAAUUUUCUAAUGUGAAAAAGAUAUAUAGAAUACCUACUACAAAACAAGAUCAUUUUUACAAAUUUGCUCAAAGAAAUAUGGGAAAUCAGUUUUCUUAUAUAUAUCAGAAUAUUACUUAUAAAAGUACAGAAAUAGAACAAAUACCAGUUAAUAAAACUGAAGAAUACAAUUUUCAUAGUAUGAAAAAAAAUAUCAAAGAUCAGGAAAAUGUGUUUGUACCUGAUACAAAAGAAUGCAAUGAAACAAUUCCCUUAAUAAUUGAGGAAGAAAAAGCAAAUAAACAAUGUUUAAACGAAUCUUUUACUUCAAAUAAUGCAAGGCUUUUGGAUUAUCUUCCAGUGGAUAUACUUAAAAGUGUUCAUUAUACUUUGAAAUCUCAACCAAUAUCAAUUGAUGGAAAAAUUCAUUUUUUGAAGACAUUUGAAAAUACAUUAAUGACUGAGAUAGAAUUUCAACUUGCACAAAGUGUAACAAAUGCUCGUAAAAGAAGAGGUACUGAACAUUACGAUCAUAAUUAUGAUCAUGAACAUGCGGCUGGAUUUCCCUCCAUAGAAGGUGCACUUAUGGCUAUUUCAUUUCUUACAUUUGCUGUGUAUCUGAUUAGAUUGGUUAUGCUUUUAUUCAGAAAUAUGAAUUCUACACCAACCCCUACAACUACUUUAUUUCUUGGCAGAAGAAAAAGAUCAAUAGAUAAAUUUAAUGACGAUGCAAAUAUGAUUCUUAAAAAUUUACAUAAUUUUUCUUCUGAAUUUUAA